AUGACUGUCUGGUUCCUGGACUGGGUUGCCCCGUCAAUUCCUGGACCACGCGUCUCCACUAGGGAGGCUAUUGGCAUUGCCGUAGCUAUAUGCGGCAACGUCCUCAUUUCCUUCGCAUUGAACCUUCAAAAGUUAGCGCACCGGCGGAUAGAGCUCAAAAGACAACAUGUAGAGCAGCCAUCUGUGCAUACAAGUACGGAGGAAGACUGUGAAGACGACCACAGCGCUAGCGACGAGGUGGAAGCACGCGUCAACAGCGUACGAGAUGCCCCCCGAGAUCAAUGGACGCCUAGCCGGAUUUUGGAAACCGUUCCACUGCUCCAGCAAAGAUCCUUUGAAUCUGGAAGCUAUGGCUCUCCAAUGACGGGCGUGCUACCUUUCGGUACCAGCUCCCCCCGAAGACGCCGAUUUCCUAUGCGGAUGUUUUUUCGCCGAAAGUCCACGCCCAAGUCCCCUCCGAUGAACCAUCCGAACAUCAUACUGACACCAGCGACUCCCGGAACCGGUUCACCCUCUCAGGCAUCUGACGAUGAUACCACCUAUUCGGACGAACGGAAUCCGUCACCUACGGAAUCCACGAGAUCGGUAGUGGCGCAUCAGGAGACAGACUACCUGAAAACGAAACUAUGGUGGCUUGGGUUUCUGCUUAUGAAUGUCGGAGAAAUUGGAAACUUCUUGGCGUAUGCCUUUGCACCGGCUUCUGUGGUAGCCCCUUUGGGCACUUUCGCGCUCGUUGCCAAUUGUGUUUUCGCCCCUAUGAUGUUACACGAACAUUUUCGCAAAUCGGACAUGUUGGGCAUCGCAUGCGCCAUUAUCGGGGCCGUGACUGUGGUCCUCGCGUCCAACCCAUCCUAUACAGUGUUGGACCCGUCCGGGCUUAAGGCUGCGAUCAUGCAGUGGCAAUUCCUUGUCUUUACCGUGGCCUAUAUCGUGGCAGGGUCCGUCCUCGCCGCACUCAGUGGAAGGGAGGGAGGGCAGAGAUGGGUGUGGAUAGACGUCGGCCUUUGCGCUAUCUUUGGAGGCUUCACCGUGCUUUCGACAAAAGCCGUCUCUACCCUGCUCACGACGCAAGGAACAGAAGUGUUCACCGAAUGGAUAUUCUACCCUUUAGUUGUGAUCCUUAUCGCCACGGGUCUCGGCCAAAUCCGCUACCUCAAUCGAGCGCUUAUGCGCUUUGACAGCAAGCUGGUCAUUCCGGGCCAAUUCGUACUCUUCAAUCUGUCCGCCAUCGUUGGAUCUGCAAUACUAUACCAAGACUUCAGACGCGUAUCCUUUCAUCAAAUGGUUACGUUCCUGUACGGUUGCGCUGCAACGUUCGCUGGCGUGUGGUUGAUUUCAUGGCGGCCUACGGAACAGCCUUCUGGAGCGCAAUCAUCAGGAGGGUUGACACAAGGCCCCUUGGAAGAACUCAACGUCAAUACGGGGCCAGUGCCCCGGAACGCGAUCCCAAGAGAGGUUCCAACGCUCAGUAACCGAACGAGCGUGGUCUCGCUCAUUGGCUUCUCCCCAGCGCAGCGCAUAUUGUUGCUACAUAGCCCGCCGAGGGAGGGGAUGAACUUGCGUAUGCUCCAUGACCUAGAGCACGACGGGUCAGUAACUCCCACAAGGCCUCGUGCCGUCAAUUUCGCCGUCAUAGAAGGUGACGGCAGUCCGCGGGCGCCGGGUCGGGCAUCUCAUCCAUCGGGCCGCUCGCGUUCUGGAUCACAAGAAUGAUAGAGGUGCAUGAACGCUACCUGUAACAUAUCUUUGGCCACACGAUACUCGUAUUCUGC